CAGAGUCACACCAUCCUGCUCAUCCAGCCAAAUACAAAACCAGAAUCCCGGACGUAUUCUGACUACGAAACAAAAGAUGAAUGUAUGGAAGGUAACACUGACUAUAAGGUGGGCCUCACAGGGCUCUGAGAUUAGUGCAAGUCAUUGCAUUAGAAUUGACAACUUAGUUUCUCUUGUGAAUUGGAUGAAUUUCAUUCCAGUUCAGUCCAAUUCAGGAUUGCACAGUCACGGAAAGUCAUUAGGAGAAAAUUGUUUCAGGUUCAAGAAAAACCAAGAAAUUUGCUUUAAGUUACAUAAGAGAAUUCUGAAUUCUUCCUUUCAGAGAAUUUCCUGUGACUUCAAUGAAUUUUUGUGUUGGCUUUUAUUCCUCAAGCAUUAUCACAGUUGGUCAUUGUAAGACAGCCCAUGACAUGUAUAGAAUCCAGGAAUUUGUGUGAAUUAACAGAGAAAAACUUUAAAAACGUAUUACUCAGACAGCACAUUAUUUCAUUUUUCAAAGGUAAAACUUAUUUAAAACUGCUGGUGGACACUAAUUUUUAUUCACUAACGACUUGUCACAUUUGUCUCUUGUCGUAGGUGUUUGCAACGUAUUUGAGGAGUAGCUAAAGAAGCGCAACCCAAGCACACCUUACAUCACAUAUGACAUAAGCUAGUUAUUUGACUACAUUGACAACUUGGCAGACCUGUCUUGUUUAGUAUACCAUUCAUAAUCCAACCCACCCAUAAAAUUCAAGUAACUGUUGGGAAUUUAUAAGUCCACCGUAUUUUUUUUUAAUGACUUACUGACUAACUGACUGACUGACUGACUGACUGACUGACUGACGGACGGACGGACGGACGGACAGUAGGGUUGUGAUACAUCUGAAUCCAAUUAUUUUUCAUAUUUUGUUUCUUUUCAGCCAAUAAUCUUUAGUGUAGUGUACCUUUGUUGAAUUCCUGGCAUCCAAAAAUUGCCUCAGUUGGUGGGAUAGGACCCUAGAAAAAACUGAACGUUUGCCAUGAUUAUAAAGAAGAAAGAAAAUUUUCUUUGGGUGUUUCUUUCGUAAAAACGUCAUGAAAUCACUCUCCUUGCCUUCAGUGCUCAGGCGCAAUAUAUGGUAAGGUGUCACAACUCACAUUAAACUCACCCUUGGAUGUAUGAACUGUAUUCUACAUGUUAUUAAUGCAUUUCUAAGUUCUACGAGAAUGGAUUUUGAUGACUCAGUAUAUGUAUCUUUUGCUUGCUUUGUCCUGUUUCUUUUUCUUUAAUUCUUCAACAGACAAUGCCCUAAACAGCCAUUUUAUGAGCCACACAAUAAAGAAUGGAUCAAGGAAAACAUUUAUGUCAUGCUAAGAAGACAAGCCGGAAAGUAA